AUGUUUCGACCUUGGGAAAGCUCAUAUUCUUCUCAUGAUUACCGUCGUGAACAAGUAUUAAAUGAACAGCCUGAAGAAGGAAAUAGUGUACAACAGGGUGAAGAAAUUAUUAAAAGAAGACAUUUAUCACAAGACGCACAAGAUAUUUGUCUAAAUGUGUGCAGGAACUUAAUGAAGAUCUACGGCAUGAAAAAAGAAGAAGCCAUUAAAAAUGCUGCAACACUAACGGAGGUUUCAACAACGAAAAUUCGGACAUUGUUUACAUCUGGCAUUAAGCAAAGGAAGAAACGCAAGGACUACGGAAAAAACAAAAAAUUAACUCCCUUCCUAGAGCACCGUAUUAGGAAACAAAUUUAUUUUUCGUACAAAGGAAACGAAAUACCCACAGUUGAAACUGUAUAUAGAACACUACCACAGACGCAAGGAAAAUUUUCGGAAACGUCGUUAAAAAGGUGGUUGAAACAGAUGGGAUUUCGGUAUAAAAAAAUCUGCAAAAGAACAGCAAUUGUAGAUCAUGAAAGAAUCAUAAAUUGGAAAUCAAGAUAUCUAACAUCAAUUGCCAAAUUUCGACAACAAAAUAAAGCAAUUUAUUACUUGGAUGAGACGUGGUUUGACACACACGAUACUGCAGCAAAAGGAUGGACGGAUUCAUCUUCACAAUGUAUCGCGAAAACACCAACGAGUAAAGGAAAAAGACUCAUCAUUUUGCAUUGCGGCAGUGAAGAAGGAUGGGUGCCAAAUUGUCUGGAAUUGUGUGGUUACAAUUUAAAAGACUGUAAUGUGGAUUACCAUAAAAAUAUGAAGGCUUCCAUAUUUGAACAAUGGUUUCAAAGAAAGUUAUUACCAAACAUAAAGCCUAACAGUGUGAUAGUGAUGGAUAACGCACCAUACCAUUCAAGACAGGUCCAGAAAAUUCCGUGCAAGUCAAGUUCGAAGGUGGAAAUUCAAGACUUUUUAUUAAAAUAUAAUUUAUUUUUUGAAGACAAUUACACCAAAGAUGAAUUAUUAGAAAUUUUGAAAAUUGGAAAAUUUUAA